UUGUUUUUGUCCUUUUUCGUUUUACAAAACCGAGCGAGCGCAUCAUGACAUGCACCUGUUUCUUUUUUUUCUCUAUCUUAUCUCACUAGACCAUUCGGCGGCGACGCAAAAAGACUAAUGUUUGCUUAUUUCAACCUCGCUUAUCGGUUCUUGUAUAUUUUUUCCUUCUUCCUCCCUUUUCCUAUUCUUAGAUCUUGCGUUCGUGUCGCGAGUAUUUAUUAUUGUUCUUUCUUUGUGGUUGUACCUCCGAUACCCAAACUUGCAUAUCUGCUGCUGCUACUGCCGACUGUCGCUUUUGUAGAUCUGCGCAUGUCUCUUUCUUUUUCUACCCCCUUUUUUAUCUGUUUACCCUGUGUGUAAACUUGGCUUCAUGUAAUAGACUCUAUGGCAUACGUCUUCCUGUCAUUAGCAUUCAUUCCAAGUCAUGUAUCCGGGACAGAAUUCAUACU